CACCUAGGAGGGCAGCGGCAGGCAGGCUCCACUCACCAGAAUCCUGCCCCCCACACUGUGGGACUGUGGGAAGGAACUCUCCCCUCACCAUGGCUUCUUUGGGGCAGAUCAUCUUUUGGAGUGUUAUUAACAUCAUCAUUAUCCUGGCUGGAGCAAUUGCACUCAUCAUUGGCUUUGGCAUCUCAGGCAAGCACUUCAUCACAGUCACAACCUUCACCUCGGCUGGGAACAUCGGCGAGGACGGAAUCCUGAGCUGCACUUUUGAACCCGACAUCAAACUCAACGGCAUCGUCAUCCAGUGGCUGAAAGAAGGUAUCAAAGGUUUGGUCCAUGAGUUCAAAGAAGGCAAAGACGACCUCUCGCAGCAGCACGAAAUGUUCAGAGGCCGGACAGCGGUGUUUGCUGACCAAGUGGUGGUUGGCAAUGCCUCCCUGAGACUGAAAAACGUGCAGCUCACAGAUGCCGGCACUUACACGUGUUAUAUCCGCACCUCAAAGGGCAAAGGGAAUGCGAACCUCGAGUAUAAGACCGGAGCCUUCAGUGUACCAGAGAUAAACGUGAACUAUAAUGCCAGUUCAGAGAGUUUGCGCUGUGAGGCGCCUCGGUGGUUUCCUCAGCCCACAGUGGCCUGGGCAUCUCAAGUUGACCAAGGAGCCAACUUCUCAGAAGUCUCCAACACGAGCUUUGAGUUGAACUCUGAGAAUGUGACCAUGAAGGUUGUGUCUGUGCUCUACAACGUCACAAUCAACAACACGUAUUCCUGUAUGAUUGAAAACAGCAUUGCCAAGGCCACAGGGGACAUCAAAGUGACAGAUUCAGAGGUGAAAAGGCGGGGUCAACUGCAGCUGCUGAACUCAGGGCCUUCCCCAUGCGGUCCUUCUGUCUUGGCAGCCAGCUGGGCACUCUUCUCCACUUGCCUGAUGCUGAGAUGAGGGGCCUUGGCCACACAGAAGCAUGCAAAGUUACUGGUA